AUGGAUUCUCGAGUUGCACUGGUACGAAAAUACAUAGCACCAUCGGUGAUAAAAAGCGAUUCUAUUCAAUUGCACGGUUUAGUGAAGGCACCACUAUUUAAAGCGUUGAAUAGCCGUUACAAAUUAGGUUCACUACAGAUAGUACAGGAUGUCGAUUGGAAUGCGAAGACAACACCAUCCGAUUCUCCAGAGCCUCUGGCCGCUACUCUAAACUCUAAUCGAUCCCUACCAAUGACUAAGUUCCCCAAGCAGGAGAUCUUGGAACAGGUAAAAUUGGAUACUAAGGUUGGCAAAUGGAGGAAAUUCAUGACAGGUUGGUUUAGAAUUGGAUUGUAUCUUUUAAAAAGCUAUAAAACAGGAAUUCAGAACACGUUAAAAGUAUUCUGGGAUACUCGAAACGAAGAGCAGAAAUUCAGCAUAAAAAACGGUGCAUUGGCUAACUUAGUACGGGAAAUAGAAAUGCAUGAAAUCAAUACAAGACUAUCGUCUUCAUCAUUGCCUACAAGUUCUUCAGCAAAAGCCCCAUUAAGGCCACUUUCAAUCAAUAGGAAAACACUGGUGGAACUGAUCAGACGAGAUCAAAUCUGGAAAUUACCUGUAUUUUUCACCUUAGUAUUCAUAUUUGAGGAGGUAAGUGUAUUGAUCUUUACCUUUUUUCCACGUGUCUGUCCGUACAAUUGUUUAACUCCUGGUGGAUACAAGAAGCUUUCCAACUCAUAUAUCAAGGGAACAACAAGCACACAAGGUAACUACGGUCUGGGUCCCUUAGAGUUUACUAAGCAAGGUACAAUUAAGUAUGAGCCACCAUAUGCAGUUCCUAUUGAGAAUUUGUAUAAUUUUCUGACAAGCUUUCCUCAAAGUAUGAUAUCAAACUGGAAACUGUAUAUUUAUAAAAAGUUAAAAUUACAGAAGCUACUUUGCAAUGAGAUAGAAAAAAUUUACCAGUAUCUGUUUAUCGAUGACUGGUUGCUGUUGCAGAGUAUACUCAACACUGAUGUUGAGAAAACUAAAAUCGCGCUAAGUGAUAGAGAAUUGGUUAACUGUAUACUUGAAAGAAAACUUUAUCACAUGGGCGAUGACUUGAAUGAGAUGGUUAAUGACACGUUAGGGAAAGAAAUCUUACUGAAAAGAUUGUUUCUUUAUUGGACAUUAAGAUAUAAUGACACUAUAUCCUUAAACGGAAAGCAUACAUUCAGUGAGAAAUGGGGUGUCAACAAUAUAUCAUUGUUAAAAUAUAAUUCAGAAUUGGUAGCUACGAAAGAUAUUCAAUAG